AUGGUUCACCCCCCGGGCGAUGACGAGGCGGCGGCGGCGGCGGGCGCGAGUUCCCCGCUGGUCUAUCAAGUGGAUGGCGUCGAGGCGCCAGCGACGGGCGAGGGGGUCCCCGCGCCCACGAUGUCGACGGGUGGCGAUGGGUCCGCGGCGAGCGCGGAGGCGUCCGCACAGAUGGCCCCGAGGCCUCAGCCUGCUCCGAGGGUGACACCCUCGGAUCAGGCAUCGAGGGGCGUCGGUGUGCCGCGGGCCCGAAGGAGCGGCACGGGCAAGCGCAGCAUGAGUGCCAGCUCCGGGGCCGCUGCCAAGGACGCAGCCCCGCUCGCGCCGGUGAAAGCCCUCAAGACCGGGGCACGCGCCACGCCGCACACGGCGCCGCAACCUCUGCCCGUCGUAGAUAUCGUGGCGGAGGCCGCGAAGCUGCGGGCGGCGAUGGCUCGAGGGACUCAAGUGGUGCAACAGGCUCUAGCACCGGGGAACGAGGGUGACGCUGGGCAGAGUGGAGCUGAAGCAACCGCUCCGGUCGACGCCGCGGGGGAUGCCGGCCGGGGCGGCGCAGAUGACGCCGCCCGGCCGGUCGUCGAGGAAGGAUCUGGUGGGGAGGUGCUCGACGAGGGGGCAUCCGGGGGGGCCCAGCAUGGGGCAAUCGUUCAGUCCGUGGUCCCCCCGGAGGUCCUCCGCAAUGAGCGAGAGGAGGAGGCCAUCUGGCAGGCGCAGUACGAGGCAGGUUCUCAGAUUCAGAACCUCGUCGUACGCGCCCUGGAGUUCCAUCGAAUGACGGAUUACCAGAUCAGCCAGCGGCAGAAGGAUAUCUCGCGCAGAAAGAGCGCCGAGAUGACCUGGCGGCACUCCCAGAUAGGCUGGCUCGGGCAGCACAAUGCCGAGUUGGUGCUCAAGAACAUCGAGGCCAGCACCAGGAUGACGGAUCUGGGGGCGCGUCAGUGGGCACUGGAGGAGGAGUUAGCGCGGGUUACCGGCGAGUGUGACGUCCAGAGGGUCACAGCGGAGCAGAAGGCUCGGGAAGUCGAGGAGCAGACUGCCGAGCUGCAACGCCUUAGGACGGAGCUUGAGCAAAAGGAGACCGAACUUCUCCAGAAAGAGGUGGCCGUCGUCACGCUCUCCGGGACCCUCCAGGAAAAGGGUGGCCGGAUCGCUGAGCACGCCAAGAGCGCCUUCCGCCUCAGUGUCCUUCGCGCCCUCGCCGUGGCCUCGACGCACUACCUCAUGGACUUACAGAGAGUGUCGUCGGGGUACGUGGUUCCAGACGACGCCGAUGCGGAUGCCGCGUUAGCCAUCAUGGACGACGCCGAUGCAGCCGCCGAGGAGUUCGCCGCGGUGCUUGCCGAGAAGCUCGAAGCCGACAUCCCUCCGAUAGCUGAAUUCGAUGCUGUCGCAGAUCCACAGAGGGGGGGUGACAACAUGUAG